GAUAUGUGCCAUUUGUUUUCUUAUGUCUCCAUCUUGAAAGGAGGCUUCUAAAAUUGGUUUGCCGCUGCGUCGCUUUUUUUAGCCGACGUGUUCAGAGUCGAGCCUGCAGCCUUGAGUUUGGACAGUAGACUAAGCGUAAAGCAGCUUUGGUGCAUGAACGCUUGGUGUUUGCUGGACGGCCUUUCCGAGCCGGGACUGAGCUAAUAUUUAUCAGCCGGUGCAGCGCGGUGCAGCAGUUAGCAGCCUCGGUGUCCUCGUACGUGUUUGACCGCCUGCUGAAGCCUGAUUUCGGGAAACGACGAGCUGCAAUGGACCGUGGAUCUGCUACGUUGGAGCACUAUAAGGCAGCCAUGUUGCUGAGUGGUGUUGGUGAUGCUCUGGGAUACAGAAACCAGCUGUGGGAGUACAAUGAGUCUGGACCAGCUAUUCACCAGGAGCUGAAGGAACUCGGUGGCGUGAAAAACAUCAAGGCUGAGCUCCCUGAUUGGCCGGUGAGCGAUGACACAGUUCUGCAUCUGGCGACAGCAGAGGGACUCGCAACUGGGAAGGUGGGGGAGGAGCUCCUGCAUGAGGUGGCUGCUCGAUACGUUGAGGGGAUGAAAGACAUGGAGGGGAGAAAACCAGGGCCUUCAAGCAUCCUGGGAGUGUCCCAGCUGAAGCCUGGAGAAGAGGGGGGCUACAGAGUGCCCUAUAACCCAGAGGGGACGGGCUGCGGAGCGGCUAUGAGGUCCAUGUGCAUUGGCCUCAGGUAUCCAAAGCCUGACCAGCUGUUGUCAUUGGUGGCGGUUGCUGUGGAGACGGGCAGGAUGACCCACCCUCACCCGACUGGUUUCCUUGGCGCAGUGGCGUCGGCCCUUUUCACCGCGUAUGCCGUCCAGCGCCGGCCGAUCACGACGUGGGGGCUCGGGCUGAUCAAUGAGGCCUGUCCAAUAGCAAAGUGCUUCGUUCAGGGUCGAGGCUUCGCCGUGGAGGAGGCGGAGAGAGACUGGGAAUACUUCUGCGACAAGUGGCAGUGGUACCUGGAUACGAGGGGCAUCUCUAACGGGGUGGGGCCUGCAAUCUGGCCCUCCUCCUACGGCCCAGCUGAGAGAGACGAAGCCUACAAGAGCUUCAGCCUGUCAGGCUGGGCGGGACGCAGCGGCCACGACGCCCCGAUGAUAGCGCUGGACGCCUUGCUGGGUGCAGGUUCAGACUGGGAGGAGCUGAUGAGCAGAGCAGGCUUCCAUGGAGGUGACAGUGACAGCACUGCAGUGAUCGCCUGCUGCUGCUGGGGUCUGCUCUACGGCACCCAGGGGGUCCCUGAAGGCAACUACAGCAACCUGGAAUACAGGGAGCGACUGGAGCGCAGCGCGGAGCAACUCUACGCCCUGUCACACUGAGGAGGCGACCACAGCCUGCUGCACUGACAGGAUGUCCAAACACUGUUCACCGUGGGGGAAUUAGGUCAUGCCCUCAUGACACAUUGACGUAGAACCAGUCUUUGCGCUUGGUAGUACAUCGAUCCAGAGUGAUGUCAUACAUGCCUGAAGGGCAGAGCAGUGUACCACUAACCCAAAGAGCCACCACUGCCACAAGGAGUGUGUGCCUCCUGACACUGAGGCUGCUGUAUAUAGAGGGGUCCCCCUAGUGACUGUUUUUUACGUGAACUUGCAGAGUUGUAGCGCUGAAUGGAACCAAUCCCAGCUAAUGAGAAUGUGAAGAGAAUACAGAAAGUCCCCCAGGAGGUAAUUACUUUGUUUUGUCAGCCUGACCUAAUAGCAAACGCUUACCGAGCUUCAAAUUAAAAGCGCUCUCGUCAUCAACCAGUGAAAAAUACAUUGGUGUCUCAUUAUAGCUAACUGUUGUGUCAUGCAGUGCGGAGCAAAGCUGGGACUGUUAAACUCCAGAGACAUUGAAUUAUUGAUCCAAUAAAUUUUAACAAACAAA